AGAAAGAUAAAAAGAGGAAGAGAAAAAAGUUUAUAAAAAGUUCUGAAGGACCUCAAUGGAAUUAUCCCAACGAAGAAUCUAAUAAAGCGUUUUAAGCCGGCAUUCACGCUCCAAAGAGAGAGAAGCAGAGAGCAGAAGCAAUGGCGAUCACGCUGAGCAGCGGAUUCAAGAUGCCGAUGAUCGGCCUCGGCGUCUGGAGAAUGGAGGGCAAAUCCAUCAGAGAUCUCGUCCUCUCUUCCAUCAAGCUCGGUUAUCGCCACUUUGAUUGCGCAGCUGAUUACAAAAAUGAAGCUGAAGUUGGUGAAGCUCUUAGAGAGGCAUUUGAGACUGGUCUUGUCAAAAGGGAAGAACUUUUUAUCACCACGAAGCUUUGGAAUUCAGAUCAUGGGCAUGUUCUUGAGGCCUGUAAGGAUAGCAUGAAUAAGCUACAAUUGGAAUACCUUGAUCUUUAUCUUGUCCACUUUCCAGUGGCUACAAAGCACACUGGAGUUGGAACAACUGCUAGUGCUCUGGAUGAAAAUGGCUUACUGGACAUAGAUACAACCAUAUCCCUUGAGACGACCUGGCAUGCGAUGGAAGAUCUGGUAACACAGGGCGUAGUUCGAAGCAUUGGAAUCAGCAACUAUGACAUCUUCCUUACAAGAGAUUGUAUGGCUUACUCGAAGAUAAAGCCUUCAGUAAACCAGAUCGAGACUCAUCCUUAUUUCCAACGUGAUUCUCUUGUCAAAUUCUGCCAGAAGCAAGGAAUUUGUGUUACUGCACACACUCCUCUUGGUGGUGCCGCUGCCAAUGCUGAAUGGUUUGGUACAGUUUCAUGCCUAGAUGAUCCUGUCAUCCAGGAGUUAGCUCAGAAGUAUACCAAAACUGUUGCUCAGCUUGUUCUUCGUUGGGGCAUCCAGAGAAACACUGUAAUCAUCCCCAAGACAUCAAAGAUGGAAAGGUUGAAGGAGAACUUUCAGGUGUUUGAUUUCACCAUAUCAGAUGAAGACAUGGAUAAGAUAAAGGGGAUUGAUCGCAAGUAUCGAACCAAUCAGCCAGCCAAAUUCUGGGGCAUAGACCUUUACGCAUAAACAUGUUGAAUGUGAUUUGGAGGAAACAAUUUGUUUAACUGUUUUCUGAGACACUAUGAUAAAGACUACUGGUAUUUACUUCCUCUCCUCUCGCUCAUGUCUUAUGUAAGUCCUUUCUUGAUCAUUACUUUAGUUGGAUGUCUUAUAUAUUUAUUUGCAAUGGUUA